AUUGGGGAUAUAUGUAUAUGAUUAAUCUCUAUGUUUAAUAUUUUACAACUUGUUUCAUCUCUCGUCUCGUCUCUCUCAUAACUCUUCUCAGUUCCCCACCUCGCUCUCAGGCUUUCUCCAUCUUCCCUUUUCGCUGCGUCUCAUCGACUCCUCUGUUUAUAGGAAAACACAAAUGGAUUCAUCACAAAGUGCAGCUCUUGGGGGAAAUGGUAGAAGUGGUGGAAAUGGGUCAGUGAACUUUCAAACUAAUGACACAUCAGUUCCUGCAGGAGCUGAUGCUUCUAUGCAGGAGCUGAACCAGGUCAGUAACUCCAUUCAGAAAACCUUGGGCCUUAUCCAUCAGCUUUACCUUACAGUCUCUACCUUCAAUGCUGCCUUUCAAAUGCCUCUCCUCGAACGAAUCAAUGGUCUAGUUGAGGAGCUUGACAACAUGGUCAAAUUGGCAGAGAAGUGCAACAUUCAUGUUCCAAUGGAGGUUGUGAAUUUAAUUGAUGAUGGGAAGAAUCCAGAUGAAUUUACCAAAGAUGUUAUUAACAACUGUAUUGCCAAGAAUCAGAUCACCAAAGGAAAAACAGACGGUUUAAAGAAUCUGCGCAAGCAGCUUUUGGGGGAAUUGGAGCAGAACUUCCCAGAUGAGGUUGAGACUUAUAGAGAGACUCGUGCUGCUGCUGCUGCCGAGUUGAAGCGUAUGGCACAGGCACAAAAUGUACUAUCAAAUGGAGAUGCGAGGGUUAAAUCAGAGCAUUGAAUGAUAUUUUUCUUAUGCCUUUGCUCGUCCAUAACUGGUUAUGUUAGUAUGAAACUCUUUCUCUUUCACAUGAAUGGUUUAUAUUUCUAAUACACCAGUACACCACUCAUGCCAGAGCUUACUGGGCUUGAAGUGUGAACAACACACAUACUCACCUACAAUGUACCUACCUUGUGCUGAGACUCAUCUUUUUAUUAGAAUAAUUUGGGGAACACAAACGUUAGACCACUUGAUCAUAGAGACGAGACUGAUGCUGAAAUAUUUUUCAAUGCUACAAUAGUAGGUACUACAUCAUUUCUAAUGCCGCCACCUACACUUUUAUAGUCAAUUCAGCAAAAUGGAGAAAUGAAAAGGAGACCUGGCAAUGGUUCACUUUGUUUUAGCUUUUCUUUGUUAUUUGUAUGUCUAUGUAUGAUCAAGCAUGCUAUGAGUUCUAUUGUAUUUUAAACAUUGCAGUAUUGCUCUUUUAGGGAUUAUUAUUCCCUUGAUGUAAGUGUUGUUGGGCAA